AUGGCGCAGUCAGCGUCUCGUGCAUGGGACCUGGUGUGUGAGCGGGGGCCGCUGCCGGCACUGGCCCAGACCCUCUUCAUGGCGGGCGUCCUGCUGGGAGCCUUCAUUUUCGGGACCUUGUCGGACAGGGUGGGGCGCCGGUGGGUGCUGCUGUCCUCCCUGCUGAUAGUGGGGGCUGGAGGCACGGGGGCAGCGCUGGCCCCUGACUUCACCACCUACUGCGUGUGCCGAACCCUGAGCGGUAUCGGCUUGGCCGGAUUCCUGAUCAACUACAUCGGCCUCAGCCUGGAGUGGGUGCCGCGGGGGGCGCGCGCAGGCGUGGUGACCUGGCUCAGCUACUGCAGCACGGCCGGGCAGCUGGUCCUGGCUGGCCUCGCCUACAGCAUGCGGGACUGGCGCCACUUGCAGCUGGCCAUCUCUGUCCCCUUCCUGGCCUUCCUGCUCAGUGCCUGGUGGGUCCCUGAGUCCGCACGGUGGCUGCUGGUCCAGGGCCGGACCAAGGAGGCACUGAGGAACCUGCAGCGGGUUGCCCAUGUCAAUGGCAGAACCGCGGCAGGGGAGGGGCUGAGCCUGGAGGUGCUGGUGCAGGAGGGAAGCUACAGCUCCACGGGACGAAGCACUGGGUCCUGGCUGGGGCUAUUCCUGUCCCCGGCUCUGCGCCGCAUCUCCUGCUGCCUCAUGUGUGUCAGCUUCUCCACCAACCUGGCCUACUUUGGGUUGUCCAUGGACUUGGGGUCCUUUGGCCUUAACGUCUUCCUGGUGCAGCUCUGCUUCGGGGCCGUGGACUUGGGGGCCAAGGCGGCCUGUGCCCUGGCCCUGAGCCGCUGCGGCCGCCGGCCUGUCCAGGCCCUUUCCCUCAGCGUGGCUGGUGCCUGCUUGCUGGCCAGCACCCCCCUGCCUGCCGCCUCGUGUCCCUCCUGCAGGCAGACGGGCACAGGGCUCAUGACUGUGGUGGCCCGCCUCGGGGGUAUGGUGGCUCCACUGGUGCUGGUGGGUGGCCAGUACCACUCGGUCCUGCCACCUCUUGUCUUUGGGGUGACA